GGUACCUUAGCCUCGACCUCAAAGUGAACCCAUCCCGUCCUCAGCCUUGCUUUCUGAAGUGAGAGGGCGUACUCAUAUAUCGCCAUCACUUCUUUCUGUUUGGGAUAUUUCCUUCUGGAACAUCCAUCAAUUUUCUUGCUAUUUCCGUCAUUGGAUGAGCGAAAACUGCGAUACCCCCCUCACACCUCUUACGACGCACCCAGAAACGAUCUCACUUGACGCGGUCUCACCACUCAACUCUCGCUUCAUUGCGCCAACUCAUCUCACGAGCCAAACCACGACGCGCAUGACUUACUGAGCUGCCCUGACGAUUCGCGACUCAAUUACGUAGGAAACGAGGACCAUAUUCUUUCGGAUUCCAAAUCCAAUCAUCAAUCAACGCCAGUCUCAUCUCACGACCUCAUCAUGGAGGAGCAAACGCAACCAAAGGAGACACCGGCGCAAGAGACGCCGGUGCAGCAACCCGCACAAGAGACCGCAGCCCCGAGUAGCAACGCGCCAGCUCAGGAAACCGCCCUACCUCACAUGCCUCUCCCCAAUCCCUCAAACGGGUUCGAUCCCAGCAUGCAAGCCGCGCCAAUGGACCAGGUACUCCCGGAAGCAUUGCAGGAGGUCAUCCCCGGAGCCAUGCCCGGCAUCCUGCCCGGGAUGUUGCCUACGGGCGAGAUGUUCAUGCCUCAGCUCCUCCAGCAGAACGGACAGCAGCAAAUCUUCAUGGUCAACGACAUGCUUCCAAAUAUUCCAGCUCCGGCACCGGGCAUGAGCGCAGAUGAGAUUGCGCUCUACGACCGUCAAAUCCGCCUCUGGGGUAUGAAGGCCCAGGAAAAGAUCCGCAACGCCAACAUCCUCCUCAUCACAAUGAAGGCCCUCGCCAACGAAAUCGCAAAGAACCUCGUCCUCGCCGGCAUCGGCUCCCUUACCAUCCUCGACGGCGCCGCCGUCUCGGAAUCAGAUCUGGGCUCCCAGUUCUUCCUCUCCGAAGAGGAGCACCACGUCGGCCAGAACCGCGCCCAGGCCGCCGCCGCCGCCAUCCAGAAGCUCAACCCGCGCGUCCGCGUCCACGUCGACGCCGAGGGCAUCAAGUCCAAGGGCACGAGCUACUUCUCCGCCUUUGACAUCGUCAUCGCCACCGACCUCGACCCGGACUCCCUCAACAUCAUCAACACCGCCACCCGCCUGCACCAGCGCGCCUUUUACGCCGCCGGCACCCAGGGGCUCUACGGCUUCGUCUUCUCCGACCUCAUCGAGCACGACUACGUCAUCGAGCGCGACCUCGGCAACGUCGCCACCAAGCUCGCGCCCGAGACGCGGACCCGCAGCGUAAUCGCCGUCAACACCAAAAAGGAGGGCGGCAAGACCAUCGAGAUGGUGACCAAGCGCGAGCUCUACUCGACCUGGUACCUCGCCAGCGACGGCGCCACCCUGCCCGACGAGUACGUCAAGAGCGCGCGCAGGAAAAAGGCCGUCAGCCCCGUCAUCUCGUGCCUACGCGCCCUCUGGGACUUUCAGGUCCUCAACAGCGGCCGCGUCCCCAGCCACACAAAGGAGGACCUCGGCCUCUUCACCAAGCUCGCCACGGCCAAGCACGCCCAGCUCGGCCUGCCCUCGGAGACGCUGCGCUCCGCGGUCCUGCGCGGCUUCCUGCAGAACAUCGGCAGCGAAAUGGCCCCCGUCACCGCCAUCCUCGGCGGCCAGCUCGCGCAGGACGUCAUCAACGUCCUUGGCCAGACCCAGCAGCCCAUCCAGAACAUGGUCAUAUUCGACGGCAACACCAUGGAGGCGUCGGUCCUCCCACUCCACCCCGUCGGCGAGCUGGGCCGCGGCCUCCUCUCGCUCGCUGCGCCCGCCGGUCUCAUGCCGAAUGGCGGGGGCCUGAUGCCUGCUGAUCCUAGCAUGAUGAUGAGCAUGGACGGUGCGGUAGACUUCAACAACCAGAUCCUCACGCAGUAGACACUUUUGCCCGGGGUAGCUCGGAGUUUGCGGUUGUGUGUGUAUAACAGUUUCUCGCGAGGAGUCAGAUGAUAAGUAGAGGAAAUCAACCCGAACAUCCCUUUUCGCCGGUGCGAAAAAAACAAAAAUGGCUCGGAUACAUGUAAUAUCAGAUACACUGUAAUCAAAACACAAAAGUUGAAGUGGCUCACGCUCCAUUUACG